GGCGGGACUAGGUCAUUGCCAGGCGGAGAGGAGUUGUUCGGUGGUGUCUGGGCUCAGAGGUUGGCAGUCAGAAGUUCAAAUCCUGUUACUUGAAGAGAACCAUUUUUUCACCACUAUUCUGAUGAUUGAUUUUGCCUUUGAUCAAAGUGACUAGCUUAAUUGUAUUAUGAGUGGUGUGUUGGCAUUCAUCUGCCUCAAAGGAGAAUGGGUGAUGAUCAUCAUCUCAAGCCUGAGUGGAAGGUAAUAAUGGCAGACUCCGAAAGUGUAAGGAUUGCUCCAGAAAUGCCAGCCAUGUUUGAUGGGAUGAAGCUGGCUGCAGUAGCUGCAGUGUUGUAUAUCAUUGUAAGAUGUCUGAAUCUUAAGAGCCCCACUGCUCCUCCAGAGCUGACGUUCCAGGACACCCCACUGACUCGAUUCUUGCUGAAAUCAUGCCCACUGCUGACCAAAGAAUACAUUCCACCCCUCAUUUGGGGAAAGAGUGGACACGUACAGACAGCUUUAUAUGGUAAAAUGGGACGUGUAAGUUCUCCGCAUCCCUAUGGUUUACGCAAGUAUCUCCCUAUGCCAGAUGGAGCUACUGCAACCUGGGAUCUUUUUGAGCCUUUGGCAGAGCACAACACUGGAGAGGAUAUUACUAUGGUGAUUUGUCCUGGGAUCGCCAACCACAGUGAAAAGCAGUACAUUCGAACGUUUGUCGAUUAUGCUCAGAAGCACGGAUACCGGUGUGCUGUUCUCAACCAUCUUGGUGCUUUGCCAAAUAUUGAACUCACCUCUCCUCGUAUGUUUACAUACGGUUGUACGUGGGAGUUUGGCGCUAUGGUAAACUACAUAAAGAAAACCUUCCCUCAGACCCAGCUGGUGGUUGUGGGUUUCAGUCUUGGUGGAAACAUAGUUUGCAAAUUUCUUGGAGAAAAUCGAGCCAAUCAGGAAAAGGUUCUUUGCUGUAUCAGUGUGUGUCAAGGUUACAGUGCACUACGGGCACAGGAAACUUUCCUGCAGUGGGACCAGUGUCGGAGAUUUUACAACUUCCUAAUGGCAGACAACAUGAAAAAGAUUAUUUUAUUUCACAGAAAAAUAUUGUUUGGGGAAAACGGUUGCAAAUCACCUAAUGCUCUGGUAGAUGUAGAUCUGAGCAAACUUUACACAGCAACUUCCCUCAUGCACAUUGAUGACAACAUCAUGAGAAAGUUCCAUGGCUAUAACACACUAAAAGAAUAUUAUGAGCAAGAAAGCUGUAUGCACUAUCUUCACAACAUCCAGGUCCCUCUACUGCUAGUGAAUGCUUUAGAUGACCCCCUAGUGCAUGAAAGCUUGCUGACCAUUCCUCGUUCACUUGCAGGGAAAAAAGAAAACGUCAUGUUUGUGUUAACUCUACAUGGAGGGCACCUUGGAUUCUUUGAAGGCGCAGUGCUCUUUCCAAAACCUUUAACUUGGAUGGAUAAGCUUAUUCUUGAAUACACAAACGCCAUUUGUCACUGGGAGAAGAACAAGCCACAAUGUACAGCAGCAGGAGAUCAGAACUGCUCAGACCACAGCGAGUAGCCACUGUACAAACUUUAUUUGCCAAAUUCUUCAAUCAUUCAGUCCAUUAUCAUCAUUUCAUUCCUGGCUUGGGUUUGAUUAUCUUAACAACUCCCAGCUAUUAAUGUAGUUCAUCCGGCCAAUUUAUACUCUUUUAUCACAACAGUUUAGAUGUGAUUGUAAGACCCUUUCUGUAUCUUUUUUCAGUCAAAGAAACAUGGGUGCACAAGACAUGACAAUUCACUGUGCUUGACAAUAACUUAGUUUUAUAUUCAUCAGGACAUGGAACAAGAGUUCCUGUAUCACAAGAGAUCUGCUGUCAAUUUGAGCAAAUGAGCCAACACUUAGAGGUCCUAGAAGUUUUUUCAGGAGUUCAUUUGUUGAAAACUUGUGCCUUCUGAUAUAUAUAUUUUUAAGUUAUGGUUUAAAAAUGACAUUUAUUUUUCUGCCCCUUGGACUAAUCCUUUGUUUUGUGGUCAUGUGAUCAGGUUAAGUGCAGCGGUGUUUGAAUUAAAAAAUAUGCAGACAGUUAAGUCUUUCACAGGAAACAAAAUGUAAAAUUCUUACAUGAAAAAAAUCUCCUGCAGAACACAUUUAACCUCCAUUUGGUUGUCAGCGAUGCCUUUUUCAAAUUCACUAUUUAGGGGCAACAAUUAAUUCCUUUCAAAAUAGAGUAUUUGUUCCCACAUGGCACAUAUUAGCACUAUGUUUGUUCAUUGUCAUUUUAGCUCCACUUAGAAUACCGCUAAUACCUAAAGACAAACAAUUUUUCCAUGAAAUGUUGUCCAAGUUUUUCUGAAAAUUCCUCAAGAAGAAUGGUAUGGAUGGUCCAGCAUUUGUAGUGAUGGAUGUGAAAUAGUUCUUCACACUUUGAAAAUCCAGGUUAAAUAAGAGUUUGUACUGUCCACAGAAUCUGUAAAUUACCUAUAUAUAGAAAUCCUAUCUUGAUCAUUGCACUGGAGGACGAGGUGAAUGUUCCACCAUUCCAGUAAAGUAUAAAUUUGGACAUUAUCCUUUCCUGAUUAAUCUGUUGCUUUUGAUGCUGAGUCAAGUACCUAAGCAUUGUAACAGCUCAACAUCUGAGAAAUGGAAUAAGUUGUUCAGGCACUUGCUGAUGCUUUACUCUUGAUUCAAUCUUUAGAAUUUAUCUCAUCAGUCCUAUAGAAUUCUAAUGCCAAGGUUUUCUAAAACCAUACUGAAUUGGUUGAUUUCCUCUGGCUCCAUAAGCAAGAGGAAAUGUAUCAAGUAGAUUCUGUAUUUCCGGAUUAAAAAGUAGAAAAGCCCUUGCCUCUGUUUUAGAUGAGCACUUUCCAAUAUCCUCUGCAUUUAGUUAAGAAACAUCCACUCUGGAAAUGGAUGCUCCUCAAGCACAAUUGUUACCAGGGGUAUUUAGUAUUAGCACCAUCAGGAUUGGAGAAGACUGAAGUAGAUAUUGAUGCCUCUUCACUUCCGCUGUGGAUUUGCUCCACAUUGUCUAGUUUCAGGAGUAGCUGUGUAGUGAUUACUGGCUGCUAACCAUAAGUAGAUGUGAGAUUUAGCAAAGUAAUGUGAUUUUUUGGGUGGUUUGAAUGAUUGCAGGGAUGGGAGUUUGUCAAGAUUGAAGGAUUAUUGGAUUCCUGAAUGCCAGAAAAUAUAUUUGUUGUAAAAAGCAACACAUCAAUAUAGUAAAAAAAAAUUCAACCCAUUACCAGAGAUCUUUCUACCUCUUGAAUAAUGUACACAAGCACAAGAUAAAUUGAUAUCCAUUCAGGUGGAUUUUGUAUUCUUACUGCAUCUUGGAUUACCUACCAAGCUAUACAUUCUUCUCAAUUUUUUUCCCCUCUGGACCCGAUUGCAGUUAAUUUUGCUGUUUGUAAAUCAAAUUUUUCUUGGUCAAGUUUAAUUAAAAUUGUUUUUUUGAUUGGAUGACUUUUAGAAAUUCUGUUAGAAAAUGGUCACAAUGCAAUUACACUUAAUUAUAAAAAUAAAAGAUAAAUUUAAAUCAAUUUUAAUUUUGAGAUAUAUCCAGUAAUAAUUACCCAUCUUGUGGAAUCAACCACAGCUUUUUCGUGUUGUAACUUAAUAAACUGGAGACUGUAUUUAAUCACCAAAGUGAUGCCAGCAACAGUCUCUUUGUAGUACAGGCUCUUAUUGACUAUGUCCAAAAUGUAGUCAAUGCUGCACUGUGUUUGCUACUUUCUACUUGAGAAGGAAACUCAUUCAUUUGCACUUUAGUAUUUUAAGGUUUGAGAAAUGAUUUAUGAUUCACAGCCCCCACUUCUCAUGGCUCUUAAGUUUGCCUUGUAAGAGUACAACAUGAAGCGCAAACAUCUGUACACAGAUGCAUCAGUUGAUAAUAUUGUGCUUGAGUAGGUGGCAGAGUGGUGGAAGGGUAAAAACAUUGUGACACUUAACAAAUCAUUUUUUGCAGUGCAACUAUAAGUCUUAAUACCAUGGGAAAUCUGCUUCUAAUCCUUCUGAUAUUAUACAGGGACUUGUGCAAACAUCAUGUUAGAGAGCCUAUUACUGACACGUCUAUUCCAUCAUAUCUAAAGAUUUUUUCCUGAUAUUUGACAAUGUUUAAAAUUUGAGUUUAUCAUCUUGAAAAUAUUACUGUGGAUGAUAAGGUCUUGUGAGGUAUUGCAACAUAAAUGCAAUCAAUGCUCAAUAUCUUUAGGCUUAUGUACCGGCUUUAAGCAUCCCAUUUAGAAGGAUAUUGAUUGUAGCUUCAGCUUCUGUAAUUAAAAUUAUUUCCUGGAUUCUGUUAGGCAUCCUUAAAGAUCCACUGAAUGGUACUUGUUUAGUUGAUUGCUUUAGAUGCCUCUUCUCAUUCAUAUAGGUCACUGCACUUGUAUAAUCUUUAUUAAGUGAAAACCAAAGAAAACAUACCUAAUUUUUCUUCUGGUUAGACUGUACAACAUCGAUUUCAGAUUUAAUUGAAAUAAAAUGAACUGCAGUAGAGAGGUUAGGCUUGAGAAUUUAAUAAUAUCUAUUGGGAUGUUUGAAAUUCUGAAGUGAAUCCAUGCCAGAUCCAUGGACGGUUUUCAAGUUCAAGUUACUGCACUGGUAUUAGUGACUAGCACGUGUAGUAUUAAUGAGAGUUUUGCUUGCUCUCGAAUAGUCAGCCUAUGCAAAAUCUAUUAUCAAAUAUCCCUGCUAACAUAUAGGGCAUUCAGAAAUUGAUGGGAGCUUUUUUUAAUUAGCCAAUGACAUUGAUACCUCAACUACAUAUUUCUGCAUGCAUUUAGCUGCAGAUAUUUUGAAUCUCAAAGUGCAGAAGAUACAAUAGUUUAAGUAUUGAUGUGUUUGUGAAUAUCGCAUAUUUUGGGAAUAAUAGUGAUUUUAUAAAGUUAGUAAACUAGGUUAAUCAAUAAUAACUUGAGCAGUUAAAAACAUUACAGUUCUGUUGCAUUAUGAACAGUUUGAUUUUUUUUGGUAUAUAGGAAGUUCAUUGGUAAGAUGGCACAAAUAAAUUUUAUAAAGCAGAUGCCAUAAUUGCCCAUAGAUGUGUAUUUUGCUUUUGAGAAAUUAUUUCACAAUGAUGCAUCAGUUGAUUGAUGGGAUGAAAAACUAGAUUUUUAAGGUUCUGGUUUGAUACGUGACAAUUAUGAUUCUUUAAUUGUUUUCAGUACUUAGGUGAGAAUGAGUUGGAGCGGAUCAGGAAGGUACAGGGAAAGGUGCGUUGUAUUACUUUUUUGUUUGAGGAUGUUUCUUGUGUUUAAUGUUGUUAUUGCCAUAACUGAUCAGGAAAUGGUAUCAUUAAUAAUGGUAGUGGGAAAUGGUUUGGUUUUGGUAAUAGUUUUCAUUGGUCUCGGAAUCUUCAUUGGCUUGCAAAUUUCAAUAUUAUGUUAUAUCAGUGACUAUCCCUACCAGGUAAGUACUGUAUGGUUUGCAUUUCCUGUGCCUUUAGUUAAUAGACUUCUUUCAGAUUCCUAGAGGCUUGAGCUGUAGGACAGUCCUGGGGUUAAGGGACACUGUAUGUGCAGUACAUUGCUAGGAUCAAGGCUUGUUUUUGCAGUUGUUGGUUGUCGUUUGUUGUAUUCUGUGUUGAUUUGCAGAAUAUUGUGGGCGUGCUAUGUUGACGCUGGAAUGCUGAUACUUGUGGGCUGCCUCCAACACAUGCAAACAACAUAUUUCACUAUGUGCUUUGAUGUACAUAAACUUUAGUCUUGAAUCUUAACUGGGAUGCAUGUAGCCUAGUAGAUUAGCUCAACAUUUUCUUCUAUUCUAUUCUCUUAUGCUAGGUGAAAAUUCAGGGUUUUGGCUGCUUUCAAGUGCAAGUUCUUCUAGGGCUCAUUGCUAAAGAUCAGAGAAAUACGAGAAGGAAGUUGCAGUUGCUUUUAAAGCCUUGAAAAUUGAGUUACAAAGAUUUCACUAAGGUAUAAAAACUUGUCAUAUUUUCAUGGAAGAAACUUGAAGAAUGGAGAACAUGUGCAGGGACUUCAACUCUGGUUGUGCUGGCAAAAAAUAUCCUAAUUUCAGCACAGUAUUGUACAUUUCAAACAUAAUUACAAUUUCUGUGGUUCAUCAGUUUUGUCUAAUACAUGACUUUAACUAGAGUAUUCCACAGCAAGGACACUGGAGGUUAAAUUUGAAUUCUAAGUUUGAGGAACCUUGCUUAUUUUUUUUCAUUUAUGUUUUUGGAUCUGCCAGUGUUGGUGGAAAAUAUGUUUUUGAAGUAAGGCAUUAUUUUGAGGUGUGCAGUUCGCAAUUUGGCAGCAAUGCACCAUAUAAAAGGUGUAUCAAAAUGCUGCAGUGUUUUAAACAUGCUCUAAUUAGUUUCAAAAGGGGUUUCAGUUACUCGACGUGUUUGUUAACCUAGCCCUAACCAAAGAUCUUCACUGCAAAGAAUCUUUUGCAUUUAUUUAGAUCAAGCUGGUGAUAUCUGAAAGUUAUCUGAUAUUACAUAAACUGUUAAGACAUCUCAAAUGAGGUAACCAUAGGAUCGCAAUGGGGUUUUUUCUCCUGGUGCUUUUCUACUUGAAACUCCAACUAUUACAUUAACAUUUGAAAUCAAGCUCCUGAUACAUUGCUGCCACACAUAUUGUGCACUUCCAGCCAAAGCAAAUGUCAAAAGAAGUAUCCAUCUUCACUUGUUAUUAUGUUGAGUUCCUACCAGCAUGCAAUAAUAAAAUCAGAUGUUUUUACCUGACUGUAGACUCAGAAGUCAGAAACCUGGAAUCAAUGCUGAAUAUGCAUUAUCCUGAUCCUCCAUUGUCAUUUUUACUUUCAUAAUUUAAGCUUUCCCUUUUAUACAAAAUGUAAUUUGAUAGUAAAGCACAGUUUUGUCAAUGAUGUGUACUUGACUUUAGUUAAGCGCAGUAUUUUGCUUGUUCCAAUUUCUAUCUAGGUAAUUUCAGUUUUUGAUGGGACAAGAGAGGGAAUAGUAAUGUUAGUUAUUUAUUGACUUUAGAUCUCAGGUAGAUAUUUCAUUGCACAAUGCAGAGGAUCUAGAGAAAUACAGUUGACUUGUAAUAGUUCAUAGUACUUAACUGAUAAUAUUCCACUUGAAUGUUUGACUGAAUUUGUCAAUAAAAAUAGGAAGACGUAGCAAAUGUCAGCUUUGUGAGGCGCUAACAGUAUUGCAGAAAAAAUCUCCCAUUAUUAUUAUUAAUGUUUGUGUUUUGUCAACGUGCCUCAAAAAUAAUUAAUUGUACAUGCAACAAUAACUUGCAUAGAUUCUGGGAGAAGAACAUUAUAGUGCAUGGAAUUUCUUUUUACAUUGGGAAAAUUUCUUUAAAUUAUCUACUUGAUGAAAAUACUGAUUAUCUCCAAUGACUUUUAUUAUCUGCCUACUUCACCUGCGAUUUAAAAAUGUUCAGUUGUAUACUGAAUUGUGAAAGUGUUUCCACUGUCCUAGGCAAUCUUUCCUCUAUUUCCUUUGAGCCCUUUUCUAUUUUGUGCGACUUUCAUUGCUUUGAAUGCUUGGAAGACAGAUCCAGAAGAUGCAGUAAGGAUUCACUGGUGUUGAGCCUGUUCCAUUCAGGUAGACUGCACAAUUCCAACAUUGAAUAACUUUGUUUUCCUGAUUCCAUUUUACCAUAAUUAACCCCACUUGUUAGAAUUAACAGUGUAAGCCUUUAUUUCUGAAUCAUGCCACAAAAUAGAUACCAGUGACAUUUAAGAGAAAUAUUUAUACAGUGCCUUUUAUGAUCUCAGGACCCCCCCCCCCCCCCCCAAGACACUGGAGAUGCUGAAAAACUGAAAUUAGAAAUAGAAAAUGUGGAAUUUAGAGUAACACACACAAUUUGCUGCAGGAACUCAGCAGAUCAGGCAGCAACUGUAGAAAAGAAAAAACAGUUAACAUUUCGGGCCGAGAUCCUUCUUUGGGACUGGAAAAGAAGGGAGAAGGGAGAAGAAGCCCAUAUAGGAAGGUGGGUGGAGAGGAAGAGGACAAGCUAAAAGGCAAUAGGUGAAGCAAGGUAAGUGGGAAAGAUAGGUGGGUAGGUAAAUAUUGAAUUUACUCAGCGGGGAGGCUGAAUCUGUGAAGAGAGAAACAGCUAAUGUCCCGGGUUGAGAUCCAAAGUAUUUUGUAGUCUAUGAAAUGGUCUCAGAGCCUGCUAACUGAAGCAGCAUAAAGAAGCAUCCACCGCCACUUUGAAGACCAGUACUAUUCCAUAAGCAGCUUUGAUUGUUUAUUGGCGAUGUCGUUUGUGAGUGGGGAUGUAUUUGUAAAGAGUAAGCACUCUACUCCUUUAUCCACACCCCAUACAUUUGUGCAUUUAGAUAAUACUCUGUCAUUAGUUGACAGCAAGUUAAAAUGAUUUCAGUAGUUUAAGAAAAACAGAUGUAUUUUUUUCUAAUGUAGUGAUAUAGCACGGAAUAGGUAAGCCACACUGCCCAGCAACCCUCCUAGCCUAAUCACAGGACAAUUCACUAUCCAAUGACCAAUUAACCUACAAACUGGUAUGUCUUUGGAUUGUGGGAUGACACUGGAGCACCCAGACGAAAGCCAUGCGGUUGCAGAUAAUUUGCACAAACCAGUGAAUGGAUUAACUGGUGAAGCACUAUUCACUGCCACUGCAACAAGGGGUUACAAGUACUUUCUUCACUGAACUUUAGGACUUGCAUUUAUCCAGUAAAUUUUUCAAUGAGAAGCUUCUGUAUUUAUCUGACUGGUCUAUUGAUGUAGAUGGAUACAUGGAUUUAAGUUAGUGGCAUCAUACAUCCCAGAGUUAACAUUUUUGAUGUGAAUUUAGCAUGAAUAUAUAUUUAUUACUUGAUACUGAUCAAGAUCCAAAAAAAACAAUUUCCAUUUCAGCUCUCAAAUUAGUUAUCCAAAUUUGAGUAUUUUUUCUUAAAGAUAAUUGAUAUGAUCUCCAAUAACGUCCAGUAAAAAUAAAGUAUGCUUAUGGGAACCAGGAAUCAGUAGCUAUAAUAUUUAGAAAUAAACCUUUGCAGAUUUGAUAAAACCCAGAAAUCUGAGUAAAUUUCUGGCAAUGUCCCAUGGUAAGCAUUCCUAUACUAGCCUCCUGUUUGGUUCUAGAUUCUGAUCUGUCUUUUUAAAGUGUUGUUGAAAGCACUGAUUGGUUUGGCAUGUCUCAGCCUGUGUCUUGUAAGCUUCCCCUGAAUAAUGUAGUAAUAGACAUGAAUUAUUCUUGGGGACAGGGCAUACAUUUAUCUCCAGUUUGUUCUGGCAGGAUUCAGGCCAAACACUACAUAGGGAAAAUAAUCCACAAACAGACAAAAAUAAGGCAUGUUUACUAAGUUAGCAUCCAAAAUGGAGAGAUGAAGACCAUUUGUGUGUGCAUUUAUGUAUUUGGUGUUUAUCCUUUCCUGAUGCUAACCAACAUAUUGUGCAUUUCCAGUAUUUUCUGCCCUAUACAGGUCCUCCCCAAAUUAAGGCAGGAUUCCACUGCUGUGAACUGUUCGUAGCCAGAACAGUUUGCAAGUUGGAAAUGCGGCCACAAACCACGUUUCCCCACACAGCAAAAAUGCCUGCAGCCCUGCAGCAGCCGGCAAAGCCAUCCCACAGGUCACAGAAACAUUUGUUCUUGUGUAUGAUCUAUACGUAAGCUGGGCAUAUGUAAGAUGGGGAGGAUCUGUAUUUGGAAACUCCGUUGUAAACUGUUGUUUGCAUAUUUUUAAUUUAAAAUCCAUUUUGUUGAUGCCCAAAGCAAUUCCCCAAUAUAUGUAAUUGUCCCCCCACCUCCUUAUUGAGAGGAAUUUGAAUCCAAUCCAGGUGGAAAUCUGGAUGGAUGGGUGGGUUUUGCCUUUCUGUUUAAAUGCUGAAGUCUACUGUUAAAAGUACAAUACAGCUACUAAUUACGUUCAAGAUCUUCAUGAUUUAUUUUCAACACUGUAUCUUUACUAACUUUCUCUUGAGGCAAGACAUUACAUAUGCCAAAAAUAGGGCAAUUUAACAAAGAUGAUUUUUCUCCUUUUUAAAGAAAAGGCAGUUUCAUCCUUUCGUAUGUUGUUCCUCAUGAAACAUUCCCCAAAACUUAAUGCAUGGCUGAGGCCUAAUUUUCCACAGCCAGACUCUACUGACAGAGCAAACAGAAUAAAAUGACGUGGGAAAAGAAGUGACAAUAUUCAGUACAAACGUCAAGUGAGGUGAAAGAUGGGAUGAAGGUUUUGGAGUUCUUACACUAGGUUCUCAUUGCUGUAUAGAUACAUUAUGGCUAGAUUCCAUUCCUAAACAAUGGAGCUGAGGGAGCAGUCGCCCAUUCCAUUCAGCAGAGGUCAAGAUUAAAGCCUCUUGAUACAUUUGUACAAGGUCCUGAAGAGGGCCAAGUGGAAGAGAUGCAAAACAAAAGUUUAACUAAAAAUGCAAUGCCCACUAACUGAUGCAAGCAAAUAUUGAUUGUUAUAAUGUGCGAUGGAGAGGGGAGAAGACUGCAGUUUUAUUUAUAACAAAAAUCCAUUCAAAAAUGAAAUUACGAAACACCAAUGAAAAUAUUAUGGCCUUUUGCAAAGUGACAGCACAAAUCUGUUUAUUUUUUAUCAUUCUUUGUAUUUCAGUGUUCAAUGAAAGACUGACUUCUCUUUCUCCAGUUUUUCUUUAUAUUGUUACUAUUGCUGUAGCUUUUGUUUAUAGAAUGAAUGAAGGUUAUAUUUGCUGGAUUAGUGUGAUUUGAAUGAGUGGUCUCUAUUUCACUUGCCUUGCACUGUGACACUUGCACAGCUUUCUGGACAAUCGGUCCAUUAGUUGGGAUAUGUAACGUGGAACACACAGAGGUGACCAAUACCUGAGAGCCGGUUAUCAGAUACUGAAUAAACAGCAUGCAUGGCAACAGAUUGGUGUUAAAAGUGACAGAUCUUAAUCUAGGGAUUGGCUGUUUAAGUUUAGAACCUGGUUUGGUGGUUGAAGAAAGAAUAUUUGAACAAGAAGAUGUGCCUACUUUAAAGAUUGUGCCUGUGGAAGUGAAAGAUAUAGUACUAAAAAUCACUAAAUCACUCAAACUAUUUUCCUGGCUUCAGGAACUGGAUGUCCUAACUAGUCUGUUAAAUCUGAUAGGUUGCUGCCUGGUAUUGGAGAUCCCUUUUGUUUGAAAAGAACCGGUGUGUGUUGAUCUGUUUUUCCAAGCAAAUAAGUGAUGAAAUGAGAUUUUGAAGCAAGAAGCAACUAGCAAUGCAACGUUUGUUUAUCUACAUGUGCAAAAUGCACAAGUUCUUUGUGCUGAUUUUUAAAACAGUUUGCUUAUAUGGAAUUGUGCAAUGUAAUUAAAGAUGUAUUAAAAUUAUUUUCUUUAUUACAUUAAUACUGUUGCAGAAUUUUAUAGAAUUGUUUUCUUGAGUUUGUGUGUUUUAUGUUCUGAAUUGUUGAAAUAAAGGUUGUAAAUCUGAGGAAUUAGUA